CAAGGGGUAUGCUGAGCACACAUAAUAUAAGAUAUAAAAAAAGAAGACAAUGGUCUACAUUUUUUUUCGUUGUUUUUCUUUCAGAUUCACACAGAGGUUACGUCACACAUUCAUAUCCAUACGGCGCACUGAAUUGAGGUCACAAUAGCGUCGCAGCAGCACGCAGCCUCGCCAUUUUCGCAGCUCUUUGUGCGCCACUGUCCGCUAAGAGUUUGCAUCUUUUAUAUAUCGAGCGAUCCGUCGACUCGGGUUUAAAUUCUGUUACAAAAAUGCAAGGAAACAGAGGCCCCCAGCAGAACCACGGACCCAACCGCCCGGGAGACCAGAAAAAACCGGGAGGAAUAAACACCAACGGCCAGCAGCCUGAUACCAGCGAGCAGACCAGCCCGAGUGAGGCCUUAACCCUGGACCUGCACAGCUUCAGGAAGCCCGGGGAGAAGACCUUCACCCAGCGCAGCAGGCUGUUUGUAGGAAACCUCCCAACUGGAGUUACCGAAGAGGACAUCGAGAAGCUGUUCGCCAAGUACGGGAAGGCCAAUGAGAUCUUUGUCAACAAGGAAAGAGGCUUCGGCUUCAUCCGGCUGGAGACCAGGAUCAUAGCAGAGAUUGCCAGAGCCGAGCUGGACGAUACUUUGUUCAGGGGCAGGCCCAUACGGGUGAGGUUUGCAACACACGGUGCUGCUUUAUCUGUGAAAAAUUUGCCAGAGUUUGUGUCCAACGAGCUGCUUGAGGAGGCCUUUGCCGUCUUUGGUCAGAUAGAAAGAGCUGUGGUCAUAGUGGAUGACCGAGGGAGACCCACGGGGAAGGGAAUAGUAGAGUACACCUCAAAGCCAGCUGCAAGAAAAGCUCUGGAUAAGUGCAGUGAUGGUGCCUAUCUUCUCACAGCUUUCCCUCGCCCUGUUACAGUGGAACCUAUGGAACAGUUCGAUGAAGAGGAGGGACUCUCAGAAAAGCUCAUAAACAAAAACCAGCAGUAUCAUAAAGAGCGUGAGCAGCCACCUCGAUUUGCUCAGCCAGGUACCUUUGAGUAUGAAUAUGCCAUGCGCUGGAAGGCCCUGAUGGAGAUGGAGAAGCAGCAGUACGAAAUGGUGGACCGCAACAUGAAAGAGGCUCAGGAGAAGCUGGAGGCCGAGAUGGAGGCGGCCAGACACGAGCAUCAGGUUAUGCUGAUGAGGCAGGACCUGCUGAGGCGGCAGGAGGAGCUGCGGAGGAUGGAGGAGCUCCACAGUCAGGAGGUGCAGAAAAGGAAACAGGCUGAGCUCCGGCAGGAGGAGGAACGCCGGAGGAGAGAGGAAGAGAUGAGGAUGCGCAACGAGGAAAUGAUGAAGAGGCAGCAGGAGGGCUUCAGAGGCAACUUCUCUGAAAGUAGGGAGCAAGACAUGAGGAUGCAUAUGGGCAUGGCUGCUGAGAAUACUCCAGUGAUGGCAGGGCCAGGAACCAACAACAUGUCUGGAGGAGGCCAGGGUGGCUUCCCCAGAGGCCUCCCUGGACCUGGAGACUAUGGACCUAAUAAACAACGCAGAUUUUGAAUCGUCUAUUUUUUUCCAUUUUCAUACUCACUGUAUUUUAAAGUUCAGGUAGUGAGCAUUACUUUUGAACUUUGAAAACGAUUGCAUGAAUUUUUUUUACUUUUUAUUUGUACUUGUUUUAGUACUAAAAUGUCAAAACUCUCCAAAUGAGCCAUGUGUUUUACUUUAUUUCUCACGUUAAUGUAUUUUUAAUAGGGAUAGAAAAUGUUUUUGUCCUGGAUAUGUUGACUUUUCUGGAAUAAAUUCAUGAUUCCCUAAGAAUUUUGUUUUAUUGAGAAUAGACAGACAUUCAUGAUCUCUAAAUGUCUUUCAAAGCAGUGAGGGGCCAAACAUUUUGAUGUACUAAACCCAGACAAUUUUUAUCUACAUGAUGGUUUGACAUAGAGCGUGUCUCUCUCUGCCUCCAUUCUUAAUCACUGCUCUCAAUUGGAUUUCUUGCACUGAUUAGAGUAUUGAUUUUAAUUUACACCCUAUAAUUUCAUAGUAUAAUCUCUGGUGUCGGCAGAAUAUGGUUCAGAGAUUCAUGAAAAGUCAAGAAUAAGCAGUACAAACUAACAUCCAGUAUGAAACUUUAGUUAUACUUUGCCUUUCAACACAGCUGCAGCUAAUGUAGUCAACUGGUCAGUCUGAAUCGCAAAGUUAACAAGCAUACAUUGACAGUAAUAUUGAGGUUAUGUUGGAAUUAUUAUUGUCAAUACCUGCUGAUGUGAGUCUGAUUUCAUUAGCUGCGGUGAUAUGGUUUGGAAAAGGGUCAGUUGGCCAUACAGGGAUGUCUCUGCCACUCAGCGAGAAUAGCAAGCAACAGGUUUCUUUCAUAUGUUAUGAUAUUUCAUAGCAGGAAAAGAACAAGUGCAAUUAAUAUUAACAUUGGCUGCAAAACAUGUCAGUGUGUCAAUGUUAUGGUUCAUUGGGAUCCAGGGGAACAGAGCCAUAUUUCAUGUUUUUAAUUAGACCUGUGCUUUCCCUGCCAUAGCAAACAAAGUGUGUGUUGUUAAAAAGCUGUAAUGCCUCCCGGUUUUUAUUGAUGGCCGAUUCCCUUGGAAAUUCACUACCUUCCAACUAGACAGACAUUUAGUGACUCAUUCACCAUCUGACCAAAGAGGAUCACUGAAUGAAGAAUAAAACUCAUGCUCACACAGUAUAAAGUGACUCAGAGGGUAGUGACACCUACGUACCUACACAGUGACAACAACCGCUGCAUAUAUGACCAACAUCCUAAAAUGUCACAACUCACUCUAACUAGCAUUGACUAAUGAGACAAAUGGAAGGGGGUGGACUAAUUUGAACCAAUAGUUGGAGGAAGUAAUAGGAAGCUGUUCCAAUUCCGAUGCAUAUUUUCUUUCUUUCUUUUUUUUGUCCAGGUUAAUGAAACGGGCAUAUGAGGGUUACCAUCCGAAAAAUGCGUCCUGCAGAAGGAAGCUAGAGCUUCAUGUACAGUUCUGUGAAAUGCAUAAUUUACUCAGAGUUUAAAGGUCAAAGUUCACCAGUCUCAGCAGAGUAAAACAAGUAUUUAAAGUUUUUAGACGUUUCAGUUUGCUCCCAGUGCAGAUUUCAGUACCAGUCUGUGCCAUGUCAGCUGUCCGUCACAUACAUCAGGCUCUCAUGUUUGAGUUUCAAGUAGAAACAUCCCUCAUCUAGUGACCGGUCAGGAUGAAACCCAAAUAGAAACACCACGUAGAGAAAGUCCGGUUCGUAAACAAGGCCUAAGUUGAUGGAAGCAGACCGAAACUGUUUAGGCUUGCAUCAUGCAGCGUGCAUGUGCCAGGCUACUGCAGAGAAAAGAGCCCGGUUAUGUGGUCAUAUUUUGUGUUGUUGUGGAGGAGUAUCAGCAGUUUCACAUGAAUGAUUUAGUCACUGCUCAAUACAAACACAACUUCUAUAAAAAAGUUUAAGAAUAAAGUCAGGGAUGUAUUAGUGUGAAAUUAAGAAUCAAAUGCAGUUGCUUAUAGUUGGUCGUCUUGAAAUCAAAAAACAUCCUGCUGUUAGAUGAUUUGACGCCCUCCCUGUUAUGAGAGAGAUCCUGCUGGUUAUUGCAGAUAUUUGAGGGAUCCCCCUAUUUCCAUCACGCGAAGGGCUUAUAUCCUUUCUGAUAGCCAAGAUUUUUCCAAGGAAACUACCCUUCACCCAUACCGGAGUCCAGAUAACCAGCUUGCUCCACCAUCCAGCCAGCACAAUAAAUAAUGGUUGACAAGGACUCAGUGAUAAAGAGGGGAAAGUGUGUGUUAUCUGGAGUUGAAAUCAGUGCAAAUAGUUUGGAUAGGUACUUUUCAAACGCUCUGUACCUUGGAGGAUAGACGGCAAGAGAUUUUUUCUACAGCUCUCUCUGUGUAAGCUGUCUUUUUCUAAUCAAUCAGGAAUCUGUUGCUUUCUAGCCCCCACCCUUGAAAAGCACUAUGAUGUAUCAGAUUUAACGUGCAUUAUUAUACAUGCACAAUCGCAUAAUAAUCAAAAGCUUGCAUGAUUAUAUAAAUUUAAUUCAUGUCAGACUAAAUACAUUUGCCCAUGCAGCAUAAUAUUGUCAGUGUUUGCUCUGGUUUUUUUUACCUGCCUUUAGAUAAAUUAGUACAGUUUAUAUAAUAUUAAGUCUUAUGUUUGAAUCUGUUUCCUUUGCAGUUUGCCACAGAAAGAUGUAAUUACACCCACAUUCAUCCUAAAUGCAAUUUGUCAAGAGAAAAGGCUAAGCAGUAUCAAUGUACAUUACAUUUAAUUGAUCGCAUUUCUGUCUCAUUAUCAAAUAGUACAAUUAUGACAUACAAAUAUGCAUUGCAAUAAAAGUAAAAUACAUUUUUACUAACAAAUUAAACCAUUAUUUUUGUGGGUACUAACAUCUAUGAAUUGCAAAAGUACUUAUUGUGAAAAGUGGCCUCUUUCAGAGUGUUAAAAUACCAACAAAAUGAAUACCUAAACAACAACGACAAUGAUGAUAAUAAUAAUGAUAAUAAUAUUAGUUUAAAUGAACAAUGGUAUCAUGUUUCAUUAACCUAUAACAUGCUUUCCAUUUAUAACCAUAUUCAAAUUAUUCUCUUAAAUGUUAGUUCUCAGAUAAAUACAGUGUAGCAAAAAAGAACAACAAAAAUGACCAUGGCAUUAAAUUCAUAUUUCUCUACAUUAUCAAAGUAUGCAUAACAUUUUUUAAAUUUAAUCUUUAUUUAAUCAGGCAGUCUAAUUGAUAUUAAUAUCUCUUUUCCAAGGGAGACCUGAGAAAAAGAAGCAAUCAACAAACAAAGACAGCACAACUACAUAAUACAAGGAACUAAGAAACAAGGAAUUAAGGAAAAAAGUUAAAAGAAUCAUAAAAAUCAGAUAAUAAAGCUUUAAAAUCUCCAGGCGAGAUGUAAGACUCUAGUUUGAGGGCUGUUUGCAGCUCAUUCCAUUCAAAUGGUGCAUAGUACCUGAAACCAGUUUUGCCAACAUCAGGAAUAUCUAGGGUGAAGUAACUGGAUCGUGCACUGUAGUUACUAAGUUAUGUUCUGGUUGUGUCCCCGAUUAUUUUAACACCGCUAGUGUCCAGCCACUUCUAAAAAAACCUGGUCUUGAUCCCUCUGUCCAUAGCAACUAUCCACAAAUUUAUAAGCUUCCCUCUAUUUUACCAUUACUUUUAACAGUUUUAUUUGCUAUUUUAAUUGUUCACUGUGAUUUUUGUUUUGAUUGAUUGUCUUCCUGCUUUCUCCAUUUGUCCUGAUCUUGUGAAGCACUUUGAUAUGGUUG